AUGCCGUCCGCUGAGAAUGACAAGCUAUGGGGUAUCAUCUGGCUUAUCCUGUUUCCGCCGGUCGCGGUUGCGCUGAUUACGCGAAGCGGGGGACAAGCCUGCAUCAACACCAUAUUAUUAUUACUCUUUAUCGUUCCAGGCUACAUCCAUGGAAUCUACGUGCUUUGCAAAAGUGACGAAUAUCGUCGGACGACCCAA